AAUGGCGGAGACACACCAAACCGCAGGGUUUUGUAAAACCCUAACAAUAUAUAUAUGCGUACUGAGACGAAUAUACCAAACCUUGAGCAUCAGAAAUGGCGUUCUUACUGCGACGUGCAUUGUCCUCUUCUCGCAAAGUCACUCUCCUCCUUCGCUCAUCUCUCUACUCCCGCGAUCUCUCAUACUUGGCCUCCUCUCCCAAUCUCCGCAACUCUUCGAUUUCAACUCAAAGCAUCCCCAAUUUGCCAGUGAUCAAUUUCCUCCGAGAAAGUCGCAGAGGCUUCGCCAAAGGAAGGAAGUCGAAGGAUGAUGGUGGUGAUGGGGGCACAUUGGAAAGUGUGAAUAUUGGGCCUACUGCUAAGGCGACUGCUGUCUCACAUAUGGAGGCGGCAAUGGAUGCUUUGUCACGAGAAUUAAGCAAACUUCGAUCGGGAAGGGCAUCAGCCGGAAUGCUCGAUCACAUCAUUGUAGAAACUGGUGGCGUAAAGAUGCCCUUGAGCCAUCUGGCUGUUGUUUCAGUCAUAGAUUCAACAACCCUAUCAGUAUCUCCUUAUGAUCCGGAUGCCUUGAAAAAUUUGGAGAAGGCUAUUAUUUCAUCUCCACUAGGUUUAAAUCCCAGAACAGACGGCCAGCGAUUGAUGGUGGCCAUUCCUCCAUUGACUAAGGAGCACAUACAGGCUAUGAGUAAGGUGGUGGCAAAAUCAUCUGAAGAUGUCAAACAGAGUAUAAGAAGAGGUCGCCAGAAGGCAUUGGAAACGGUAAAGAAAGCAAGUUCAAGUCUCUCAAAAGAUGAUGUGAAAAGAUUCGAGAAAGAAGUUGAUGAGUUGACUAAAAAGUUCAUUAAGUCAGCAGAAGAUAUGUGCAAGGCGAAGGAAAAGGAGAUGGCUGAAGGCUGAGUAACACUUUGUUGGUUUCCCUUAUUUCUCCGAGGAAGAAAAUUCCUAAAUCCGAUUUUUAUUUGUUAUACUUGUUUCAAAAACUUUACAGCAUUAGAUAUUAGAAGCAUGGUAAGUGAGAUGAAUUAAUGUUUUGAGGAGGAUAUGAAAAUUUAUUUGCAAAAUGGAUAUGCCAAGAGUUUCAGCUUGACAUUCAUAAGUUUGCAGAAAUAAUACUGUUAUGACUUAUGAAGUAUUUCUUUCAUAGAA